CCAUUUCCGUUUUGCAGUCUGUUUAGCCGGCCGCAAUUUGAGAAUAAAAGGCUGGGGCUCCUGGAAAUGCAAAGAGUUCCACCACCAAGCAGCGACAACAUGACAGGAACGCGCAUCAUUGUGUACAACUGGCCGGCAUCGUAUUGCUGCCAGAAGGUGAGGAUGGCUCUAAUGGAAAAAGGCCUACCAUUCGAAGUGCAACACGUUGACAUGGUCACUGGUGAAGAAUUUGAACCCUGGUACCUGAAGCUGAACCCCAAAGCUGAAGUACCGACCAUUAAGGAUGGCGAUUACGUCCUGCCUGAUUCCCAACAAAUCCUGGACUACUUGGAGAGGAAAUACCCAACUCCUCCUCUUCAGCCACGAGAUCCUGGGGAGCUGGAGAAGAUGAAAAAACUGAGGGCACGCAUAUUGACUGUCGAUAUUCGACUACUGACUUUUGGAACCAUACAGUACCCAGAGUUAUCCUCCAACCGGAAGAUAACAUCGAAGGACCUGAGAGAGUUCACGGGUAUGCAAGAACUGCUCUUUAGAAAAGCGCAAGAAUCACUGCACAGAAACCCAGAACUUGCGAAGCUCUUGGAAGCGAAGAAACACAAGUUUGCCUCCAUGAUGGACAUCCUAAAAGACGUGAAGAAUGUCGCCCACUACUUGGACAGUCUGGAACCCAUUUUCGAUGACUGUGAAAACGCUCUCGCUGCUCAGGCAAACCGGGACCACUUUUUGUGCAGCAAGGAGUUUACUCUGGCUGAUAUUUCCCUUUGCUGCCUUCUGAACCGCAUCGACAUGGUUGGUCUCAAGGACAGAUACCUCGACAAGAGACCAAAGCUGCAGCAGUAUUUCAAGAAGAUACAGCAGCGAAAGUCUUACAAGGAUACAUUUGCCUUCCAGAAUGUCACCGAACCGAAGUAAAAAACGUUCGAGAUAUUUCUUAGAUUCGCUUUUAGAGGUAACAACCCAGGUAGCUUACGGAUUUUAUAAUGGUAGUGAUCCGCAAUAGGGAGUACAAUACUAGCGAUGAAGUACGUCAUUUCUUGAUUGCGCUAAGCCUCAUGCCGUGAUUACCUUUAUAGUGUCAACUAACAUUUCAAGUCCGUAGUAAAUUUGAGAGUCAUGCGCAUGAUAUCUAAUAUACAAAUAUGUAAAUAAGCUACAACUCGUUCAAUAAAAUAUUCGCCUCACA